UACAGUAGACCUCAGACGGCGUGUUCUUCCCCAUCCUCACAAUGGCGAACUCCAAAUUUGAAUACGUCAAGAGCUUUGAGCAGCCUGACUUCCUUUUGCCAAACACCUGGAUCGUCGUCCGCAUAGACGGGCGAGGUUUCACCAAACUAUGUGCAAAGUAUGGCUUUGAAAAGCCAAACGACAAGAGGGCCAUAGACCUCAUGAACGCCGCCGCCAGGGUUGUCGUCACCGAGCUUCCAGACAUCACCAUCGCCUACGGCGUCAGCGACGAGUACAGCUUCGUGUUUCACAAAUCAUGUACCCUCUUUGAGAGGAGAGCCAGCAAGAUCUCAAGCACAGUCGUGUCCACGUUCACGGCCAACUACGUCCACUUGUGGUCGCAGUAUUUCCCAGAUACCCCGCUCACCUCACCUCUGCCGAGCUUUGAUGGAAGAGCAGUGUGCUAUCCUACCGUGUCAAACCUGAGAGACUACAUGAGCUGGCGCCAAGUCGAUUGCCACAUCAACAACCUCUACAACACAGCAUUCUGGGCUUUGAUCCAAUUAGGUGGCCUCGACAACAGAGAAGCAGAGAAACUCCUGGCGGGAACCGUAUCCGGAGACAAGAACGAGAUACUCUUCUCCAAAUUCAAAAUCAACUACAACAACGAGCCCGAGAUCAACAAGAAAGGCAGCGUAGUCUUCCGAGAUUACGAGCUCGUCGAACCGGGCACCCACAACGCCGCGCAGGCAGCAGAUGCGCUCGCGGAGCCCGUCCAACAGAGCAAGACGCAAGCGGAAAAGGACAAGAAGAAGCGCACAAAGGCCCGCGUCGUCAUCGAGCACCUCGACAUCAUCAAGGAUGACUUCUGGGACAGGAGGCCAUGGCUACUUUCCAACAAGCCAGGCAAGACCCCCAAGGAGCCUUGAACCCCAUCAGACAUGGUUUAAAUAUCCAAGUCCGCCAUUGACUUCGCCCGCAAGCUCUCCCGGUGUGCACGAUGGGCAAAACAUGGAGGCAAAGACACCCAGACAAGCGUAGAUCCGCAAACAGAGGUAGAAGGAGAGGAGGAAGAAGAAGGGGGGAACGUGACAUGCAACGAGCAACAAGGCCCGGAAGUAGAUCCGAAAUUUAUUCUGAAGAUACCAGAAUUUGGACGAGCUUGGUCCGUAUGCUUUCACUCAAGAUGAAGCUCAAAUUAGAGGAAUUUGAAACAGCGCAGUCGCUGAUU